AUGUCCAAGGGCGUCGCUGCAAAAGAUGGCCAUGCUGACCCGCUCGACAGCAUCGAGGAGAGCGAGUAUCCAGGUGGCCUGAAACUAAGAGCAAUUAUCGUUGCACUUGUGCUCAGCAUUUUCCUCGCGUCUUUAGAUACCACCAUCAUCACCACUGCGAUUCCAUCCAUUACUAGUGACUUUAACAGUCUCGAGGAUGUGGGCUGGUAUGGCUCUGCCAUGUUCUUUCCACUGGCGGCCACGCAAUCUGUCUGGGGUAAAGCAUACAAGUACUUUCCAGUGAAGCAUGUCUUCCUCUUGGGAAUUUUCAUUUUCGAAGUUGGCAGUCUAAUAUGUGCACUUGCACCAAACAGCAAUGCCUUCAUCGCCGGGCGGGCAGUCACGGGCACGGGGUGUGCCAGUGUGUUUGCAGGCUGCUUCAUCAUCAUUUCUCUGUCCUCCAGACCUCGAAUUAGACCUGCAAUGACCAGUUCCCUCUCGGCCACUUUCGCAGUUGCGUCCGUGGUUGGGCCCUUGAUAGGAGGCGCAUUCACGCAAAAAGUGACUUGGCGCUGGUGUUUCUACAUUAACUUGCCAUGUGGAUUUGUCGCAGCUGUAGCUAUGCUUUUUGCCUUCAAAGCUCCGAAGGCUGCGGCGCCAACACCGGCGCCUUUGAAGGAAAAACUACUGCAGAUGGACAUCCCUGGUGCAGUCCUCAUAUGCGCAACUAUUCUCUGCUUCACGCUCGUAUUGCGAUGGGCAGGCGUAGAAAAGGCCUGGGGCGACUCCGAUGUCGUGGGCACUUUGGUCGCGACACCGAUUUUUCUGAUCCUUUUCGGCCUUGACCAGUGGUUACAAAGAGACCGUGCGCUCAUUAUGCCGAGUUUCAUGAAGAACCGGGUUCUGGUUGUAGGUGCUGUUUUUGAAUUUUUCAUUGCGGGUUGCUUCAACCUGAGUCUCUUCUACCUUCCCAUUUAUUUCCAGGCAGUUCGAGGCGUAUCAGUAAUUUCAUCUGGUGUCCGACUUAUUCCGGUCAUUCUGGGCUUGACUAUCACGCAGAUUGUCAUCGGUGGCCUCAUAGCUGCCACAGGCAUUCAUAACCCGUUUCUGAUCCUGGGGCCUGCGAUAGCGGCUGUUGGGUCGGGUCUCUUCAUGCUACUUGAUGAUCAAUCCAGAACAGGUCAAUGGAUCGGAAUCCAGAUCGUGCUUGGUGUGGGGGUUGGAUUAUGUCUUACCAUACCGUUGAUGUUAUCGCAAGUCGUUGUCGAUGCGAAAGAUGUGUCAACGGCCACGCCUAUUAUUAUCUUUGCGCAAUCAAUGGGCAGCGCUUUCUUACUUCCCACAGCACAAGCAGUUUUCCAGAACGAGCUCAUGAAGUCUCUGCGUCAAUUUACCCCAGGCAUUGAUCCUUUGGUGGUUUUGGCCGCGGUUGCAAAUAGCGAGGCGAUCUCGAAUUUACCUAGCGCGAGCAUUGGAGGUGUUGUUCAGAGCUACAUCAGUGCACUUCGUUAUACUUUUGCGAUUGGAAUUCCGUUCGCUGGAGUGGCGUUGUUAGUCAGUUUGUUCAUGCCAUGGUUCAAAUAUCAUAACGCAGCCAACAAGCCAACCGACAACACAGCCCUGAGCCAGGAAGAAAAUGGUAAUUUUCCCAACGGAGAAGACAAGGAAACUUCCUAA